GUUUUCAGGUACCUGUCUGCGAGGUCUUCGCCUCGUCAUGUCGCCGUCUUUAUAACUACGGACGAUACGACGGGAUGAUAGGUUAUGCCUUUCUGGGUUUCCUGUUCUCGAGCGCAGUUAUUGCCCAGAGCUGCCGAGGAGUCAAAGCCGUCAGCUGUCAUGCAGAAAUCCUAUGGCGAAGAAGGACUCGGCUUUACUGCUAUCGUAGCCCCUUCGAAAGAACCUUUGUAAUAGGCCUAGGGCUCCGGAAGGAUGGCCACGGCUAUCUGCCACCACUUCGUCAACAUUUGCCAGCCCUCGACUGGUACCAGCUCCGGUAAAUUUGUUCAGGACCGUUUGGUCUCAGCAACCAACGCCCAAGAUCCAGGUUGACGUGGGCAGAUUAGACAACGAUUUCCCGUACUUCGAGCUUCGGCCAGCAAUAGUCUCGACAUAUCCCUAUCACUGUCCUAAACGACGCUUCUCUAUGUACUCCUACCCGCCGGGAGAGGCUCGUGCCCAAUAUGAGAUUGGCGAUCGAGCCACAGAACAAAAGCGGCCGGGUUGUUCCCGGCUGGGAUGGGGUGAGAUUUCCUGCGUGAAGGCAUACAUACAUACACUCUCCCCCUCC